UGCACCAACAUGUUGCGUUGCUAAGUGACGGUAAAAUACAAAUUUCAGAAUUGGAGCUAUUAAAAAAUGCAGAAGUCGUUUUCCAUCGUUGAAGAUAACGACGUUUUCGCAACUGAGGAUGAUGCAAAAGAUAAUUCUGACAAAAAUAUGUCAUACAAAGUUAGUCUAUCUGAGUCGGAAUCUGAAGAAAAUAGCAAUAGCCCCAAGCACACAAAUGCUAUUCUGUCGGAGUUUGCAAAACAAAACGAGAGAAGUUUACCACAAGCACCAAAUCGGGAAUUAAUUUCGAGCAUUUCAAGUGCUAGUUUUUCGGGUAGGCAGACAGUGUUAAGGAGGAAACCUGCAGGUGAUAAAAAAAGCAUUAUCUCCAGUGAUAGUGAAGAUAGUGAUAAUGAAGAAAAAGGAAAGACGAUCAUCCCUGGAGAAUAUGAUCCUAAGAUGUAUGAUAAUUUAGAUAUUGAUGAGGAAACUAGAGAACUCUUUCAAUAUAUUUUGAAGUAUAUUCCGCAGCAGCUAAAUUUGGACUACAAAUUUAAACCUUUCAUCCCGGAAUUUUUACCUGCCGUAGGAGAUAUUGAUGCGUUUUUAAAAGUUGUUCCACCAGAAACCACUUUGACUGGAGAACCAUUUAAAGACAGCCUUCAGUUAGGAUUGACUGUAUUGGACGAACCCGCUUCUAAUCAAAGUGACCCCGCUUUGUUGCAUUUGCAACUGAGAGCCACAUCAGUAAAUUUGAUGAGAAAGGAUGAUGCUGCUGUGGUCGUCAAGAAAGUUGAAAAUAUAGAAAAAAAUGCAAGAAUUAUAGAAAAAUGGAUCAAAGAUAUCUCAGAUUUACAUAAAAGUAAAUCGUCUCCUGUUGUGCGGUACUCUGAGCCAAUGCCAGAUUUAGACGAUUUAAUGCAGGAAUGGCCAGAAGAAAUGGAAACAAAGUUAAAAGAAAAUGGAUUUCCACAACUGGGAGAAGAUACUAGUCUCUCGGAAUAUGUAACUACAGUGUGCAAUAUAUUUCAAAUACCCACAGCGAAAAACAAAAUUCAAUCAAUACAUUUAUUAUUUUGCUUAUAUGCCGCUAUUAAACAAACACAAUUGUAUCAAUCCUCAACUACUGCCAUCAACAAUCAAAAGCAAAGCAAACAACUACCAAAGAAAGAGGCAGAUCAGUUAGUUUUAGAAUAAUGUCUGAAGAUUUUUAGAAAUAAAGCACUAUUUUGCACUAUUA